UUUCAAUUCUUAAGAAGUGCUUGUUAGAAUGCUAUAUUGCCUGCUAUUUGCAUUUCAUCUGUACCUUAUAAAACGGCAAUCGGGAAUAUGAGAGGACAUUUGUUACUUCAUUUACUUUUUCAAGUUGUUCUGCUGUAUGACGUUUUGGCAUGGGAAGUGAGAAUGCCAAAGGAAAUUCAUGGCCUCAAAGGUUCUUGUCUGGUUAUACCAUGUUCUUUCAGCUACACGGCAUACCCACCCGCAAAUCCACGUAGAGUUGUGUGGUAUCAGUGGGUCUCUAAAGGUUAUCCUUUAGUUUACGAUCCAUGGUAUCCAAAUAAUGUCAUUGAGAAAUUUAAAGGAAAUACUGAAUUAUAUGGAAACUCAAGCUGGGAUUGCAGUCUGCUGAUCAAAAAUGUGGAACCAUCCCAUCAUGGAGAGAAAUUAUACACAUGGAUUGACCCUGAAACUGUUGGAAAGAGCACCUACGCAUUUUAUGAUGUCACUUCUACAAUUCUAGUUGAUGCAGAUCCACAGUUCCCCAGCAUCAAUAUUUAUGGAGGUGAAAGAUCAGGUGAAACCAUCACAGUAGUGUGUUCAGCUUUCCACACAUGUCCAUACAGCAAACCAAGCAUCACUCUGAACGGUAUAGAAGGAUCUGAUCAAAUAGACAAUGAGCAUUUUAAAGACGGCCUGUGGAAAAUCACUCUGACAUGCACAGGUGUUGUAAAGGCAGAAAGCUUGACCAUUGAGUGUUCUGUAACAUAUCAUGGUGGCAUAACAGUGACAGCUACAAAAGACAAAAAUGCACAGUCCCGUGUCCAUAAAGAAGCAGACUCGACACACAUUGGACGGAAGACUAUUGGGCUUUACAUACUAGCUCCAACACUUGUGUUUCUCCUCACUUGCAUAAUUACCGCAUUCAUCGUAUACAAGAAAUGGCACCGACAGCCUCUUAAUGAUAUGCAAGGUUCAUUAACACUAUUUGAAAAGAGGAGAUCACGUUGGAAUAGAUUUUCAAGGCAAUUCAGUAGGUCUGAGGGAAGAGCAGGUUGGAGUAACAGGGAAAACAGGAGUGAAAUCAGAACCAAACCUCGUAUGCCGUCACCAAAGAGUGAGCCAAAGUCCUACUCCGGCCAUGAUUCUGAUGCUGAAUACACCAACAUGGACGAACUCAACAUGUAUGGAAACAUCUGAUGAUAAUGAACAACACAAAAUUCAACAGUGUUUUUUAAAUGCUAAAUAUAAAUACAUACAUCAGAUUGUAUACUUUCAGAAAUAGUCAGUCUGUUUUUCUUAGUCAAGAUGCUUGUAUUGAGUUUGCUGUUGACCUGCAUUUAUUUUACAUUGAUGUUGUUGUCUCUGCUCUACUCUGCUAUUGAUCAAUGUUUUCUAGCAUAUC